AUGUCUUCUCAUAAGACUUUCAGGAUCAAGAGGUUCCUGGCAAAGAAACAAAAGCAGAACCGUCCGAUUCCUCAGUGGAUUCGAAUGAAAACUGGCAAUAAAAUCAGAUACAACUCCAAGAGGAGACAUUGGAGAAGAACCAAGCUCGGUCUCUAA